AUGAUCGCAAGGUCGGGAGAUUCAUUGCAAAACAAUUAUCCGGCUGAGAUCAAUGAGUUACGAGGGUCGUCCGGCCCAACCCGCCUGGAAAACGCCGAUAUGGACGCGUCGCGCUCUCCAUACUAUGAACUGCGAUGCUCCUCGACUACAGGCGCCCGAUUGGAUGCACUAACUCAGACCAAUGGGGGCGCAUUCAGCGCGACUCAGGAACUCUUACCCUUGUCCCGUUUCUCCUUUGCAUUAUUGGCCCCAGCGGGCGAGGCUGAGCGGAGGCCUUUUCAAGCCACGGAAAAUGUGAUUUCCGCCAAGCGCCGCUCAUCACCAAGAGAGCGUGCUCGAGCCCCACCCCCGCCAAAGCUUAAGCCAGGCCGCUGGUUUGGGGAAAGGCGUUCAGGUGGCUGUGCUAGAUCGUUAAAAAGUCAGCCAUCUCCUGUUCCUCAGGAAAAAACGCCCGACCAGCCCGACCAGCCAAUUCGUCUCUCGAUUUCCACAACCGUGGGUUGUGGGAAGGCUCGCAUUCCUAUCCGGCCGGUAUGGAGCAUCGUCAUCGCCCUGCGGUCCAUGUCGGUUCAAAUGAUCUUCUGA